CAUGUCAAUUUAUCCAAAAAGGCAUGUGCAAAACGCUUACCAAAAACAUAAUCAAAAAGAAAAGCAAAUAGAAAAGGGAAAGAACAGAUGGCACGGCUUUUUGUUACCUUUCCUUACGUGUUUUACGCUUUUUGAAAGCCCCUUUUUAAACACCACUCAGAGGACCACACAGAGACAGACACUUUUCUUUACAUGUCCUUAAUUUUUCCGUUUUUUCAACUUUUCAUCUCCACUCCACAGGACCACGCAGACAGAGAUAGAGAUGUAGAGAGAGAGAGAGCUUUGUCUAUGUUCCUUUUGUUUUUUGCGCCUUUUUUUUGGCAUAUGAGCGCUUCUUCUAAGACGAUCAAAGCUCAAGCAAUAUUGAAAAGCAAAGAUUCCAUAUCAAAAAUAGACUGCUGUUGGCACAAAGAAGAAACUUUGACUCUUUGAGUCAAUCCGUGCAAGGAGACUGGCAGACAGCAGUCUUGAAACCUCAGGAGCGACUGCGAACUCUUCACAACCCCAAAUUUGCAAAGCACAUCCGGAAACUUUUUUCUGCAGGAGGUCGACGAGCGAGUGGCCACCAUCAAAGCGCACCGGUGAAAAAGCGGCUGCACAGAGUUUGCAACUCCUUAAUUGCUCAUUCUUGUGUUAACGGAUAAUUUUUUUCAGUAGGUGAAGCUUCGUUCCCUCCCUUCUCAGGUUGUCGGGCUUGUAACUAGCAACUUUUGUCGAGACUUUGCAUUCGUUUUUUGUCGAGCAUGAAUUGUUUUCUUGUCGAGCUCUUUUUCGGCCAACCUGGUCGAGUUUAAAACACACCCUCGUGCCCUGCCGGCCCUGCCCAUCCCUGAAAAUCUAAGGAUCGGACAUGCAGAAUGAUGGACCUGUCAUCAUAUGUCACAAAAAAACAGAGUCGGCACAGGGCAUCGGCCAUCAAGGGACUCCUUGAGCGUUUUGGGAAUUGCUUGGAUUGCUUUGAUCUUUGCAUCGCCACUGGUCGCCUGUGGCCCUGGCCGCCCCUCCUUGCCCCACCAGAAGUCCUUCAUAGCUUGGUCAAGCCCUUGGCAUCGAGCUCCUCAGGGGAUCUGAGGAUAUCUGAGGGAAAUUUGUCAUGGUGGCACAUACGAUGUGGCGUGUCCUGAGCUGUGCGAGUGAUAAGGGACAGUUGCCUUAUUUUUGUACCUUGGAGGGGUUUUGUGGCACUUUUGUGGGUGUUGUGCGCAUACUGUAGACAAGAGCACCACAUUAUAUAAUCCAGACACGCCUGCUGAUUGCCAUGUCAAUUUCAAUGUUUGGAUUGCGACCCCUGCUUCGAAGAAGCAAGUGCCGAAGUGGGCACCGAAGAUCAGCUAAACCCAGCUAUAUGGAUGCAAUAGAAGUGAAAAGGACAUCAUUUGGCUAGACGGCUAGAUGUCAGUCCAAGUGCAAUAGCAAUAACAAGCUUUCAAGACAAGCCAUUGCAGAUUGAAACGAAAUAGAACUGUUACAGCUUGUUGUAUCUCGUACACAUGUGCACUCAAGACGGCUCUUACCGCCAGCUGGUUGGCUUCCAGGUGUUGUUGCAGUUCAGAUGCAGAAUAGAGUGUUUCCGCUGCUUGUUGUGAUUCUUUUCACUGAAUUGGCGCGAUUUGCUUGCUCCUUCACCUCGCUUGCCCGUGGUCAUUCUACGCAUCUACGUUACAAGGGUUUCGGGUCAGCAAGGUCUGCCUGCUCACAAGCAUUGGAAAAGCCGAGCUCGACUGCAGACAUGGCGAACAAAGGCCUGCAGUGCACUGCUGGCACUGUAUGGCUUGUUACCGGCUGCAUGCUAAUGGCUCGGGGCGGUCGCUACUUGUGGCAAGCCCUGCAGAGCAGUGACUCAAGUGGCAGGGCUGUGUCUCUUGCAGUUGUUCUGGGUCUUUGUGGUGGCUUGGCCAAAGGCCGCUUUGUGCUGGCGAAGGCUGCGCUACGCAACAGGCGUCGCAUAGCAGCCCUCUCCAAGCCCAAGCCCUGGCAGAUCUUCUCGCCUCGUUUCUACCCUCUCAUCAUGGUGAUGAUGGGUAUGAGCAUAGGGCUUCGGAAGCUCUUCAACACAGGCUUUGCAGGUGGCAUGGUGACUUAUGGAGGUAUCGUCACUGGAAUUGGCAGCGGCCUUUUCGUCAGUGCUUUUGCAUAUUGGUUUGAGGGGUGGUUUGGAAGCCUUGCUGAAAAGCAGGGUCCACAGGAUGACCCUGGCCCCUAGAAAAGGGAUUUCUUGGCACUUGUUACUACUAGCUUCUUGUUACUACUAGUAAGGCACCUGUUACUACUAGUAAGGCACUUGUU